AUGCCUGUUCGUCCAAAGCAGACGGCCAGUACAUUGUGGCUGGAGCAGCAGCGUGAGAGAGAAUAUCAGCAGCACCGUAAGCGUGUAGCAGAGCAGAAGGCAUGUAUUGAUAACAAACCACCAUGCUCACAGAGCCUGAGUAAUAAAAGAGCGUUAAUGGAAGAAGAACGGCGCAAGCGAAUAGAAGGAGAGAACAGACGAUUGGUUGCGAAUAUGGCCAUUAUUAUGGAAAGGGGUGGUGGAAUUGAUAACAAAGAACCAUGGCGCAGUACUAAUGGAGCUCGUGAUGCCGAACGUCGCCGAGAAAGGGAACGUCAACGCAUUGCUGAAGAAAAUAUGAAAAUGCUUAAACGUUUACAGGGGACAAAAUCUGUUUAUUCUGUUGAAAAAUGGGAGGCAGAUCGAGAAGUUAAUGAAGAGUACGUGGCACGCUUAAGCCGGUAUACAUAUGAGCCUUCAAGUUCUCACGAAACCUAUGAUGAUGAGUGA